AAAACACUACAUACUUACUGUAUUUAAAGAACUCGCUCCACAACAAACACACACACUAUAUAUAUACAAUACUAACUCGCUCAAGCCUCAAGUAACAAAAACACUAUUAUAUACUAAGUCUAGUCCUCUCGCCAAGUACCGAUGCCGUCGAUCUUCGUAAUUGUCCUCUCCAUACUCUUGGCUGUUGGAGUGUACAGUCUUCUCAAGAAACUGCGAAGCAGGGGAUCGUCGCUCCCCCUGCCUCCGGGCCCACGACCAUGGCCCGUAGUCGGAAACCUCCCUCACUUGGGGCCCGUUCCGCACCACGCCAUAGCGGCUCUGGCUCACAAGUACGGCCCGCUAAUGUACCUCCGAUUGGGGUUCGUGGAUGUGGUGGUGGCGGCGUCGGCCUCGGUGGCGGCCCAGUUUCUCAAGGUCCACGAUGCCAAUUUCUCAAGCCGGCCGCCAAAUUCUGGGGCCAAGCACAUCGCAUAUAACUACCAGGACCUUGUUUUCCGUCCGUACGGUCCGCGUUGGAGGAUGCUCCGCAAAAUCAGUUCUGUUCAUCUUUUCUCGGGCAAGGCCUUGGACGAUUAUAGAUAUGUCCGCCAGGAGGAGGUAGCUAUGUUAGUAAGAGCACUAGUAAAAUCAAGGUCGAGCGAAGUAAAUUUAGGACAAUUGCUGAACUUGUGCACAGUGAACGCCCUAGGGCGGGUGAUGCUAGGGUAUAGAGUUUUUGGCGAUGGAAGCGGCGAGAGCGAUGCAAGGGCCGAUGAAUUCAAGUCCAUGGUGGUGGAGCUGAUGGCACUUGCCGGAGUAUUUAACAUAGGAGAAUUUGUGCCAGCAUUGGAGUGGCUUGACUUGCAAGGUGUGGCUGCUAAGAUGAAGAAGCUCCAUAAGAGAUUUGACAAUUUCUUGGGGGUCAUUAUUGAGGAACAUAAGACCAAAAUGGCUCAAAACCAACAACACACUCAUGACUUGUUGAGUACCCUGAUUUCGUUAAACGAAAAUGGCACCGAUGAAAGUGAAAAGCUCACGGAUAUUGAAAUUAAAGCACUUCUUUUGAACAUGUUCACGGCUGGUACCGACACGUCAGCAAGCACAGUAGAAUGGGCCAUAGCAGAACUGAUCAGACACCCCAACAUCAUGGCCCAAGUCCAAGAAGAGCUCGACAGCGUCGUGGGCCGAGACCGGCUUGUAGGCGAUGUGGAACUAGCCCAACUCACAUAUCUUCAGGCUGUUGUCAAAGAGACCUUUCGUCUACACCCCUCGACCCCACUAUCCCUUCCUCGGAUGGCGAGCGAGGAUUGCGAAAUAAACGGCUACCACAUCCCCAAGGGAUCAACCCUUUUGGUCAAUGUCUGGGCCAUAGCUCGUGACCCAGAGCAAUGGACUGACCCAUUGGAGUUCAGGCCCGAAAGAUUCUUAGCCGGCGGUGAAAAGGCCCAUGUAGAUAUUAGAGGAAAUGACUUUGAAGUGAUACCAUUUGGUGCCGGACGUAGAAUCUGCGCCGGGAUGAGCUUGGGCUUGCGCAUGGUCCAGCUACUGACUGCGAGCCUUGUCCACGCCUUUAACUGGAAGUUACCGAAUGGGCUGGACCCUAUGAAACUGAACAUGGAUGAAGCUUAUGGGCUCACAUUACAGCGGGCCUCACCGUUGAUGGUUGAGCCUCGGCCCAGGCUAGCCCAGCACGUGUAUGGCGCAUAAUUUGAAAUUUGGGGUAGUAAAUAUGUUAAAAUCCUUGUUAUUUCGCCGGACCCCAUUUAGGUGUGUGUAUGCUUUAUGGAGGUAAGAUUGUUCGUGUACUGUAUCUUAUUGUCUCACUACUUAAAUGUUACAAUAAAAGAAGGGGAAGUUUUCCCAAGGUUGGGAUUAUGAAAUAUGAUA